CCCCCGGAAACUCGACAUGCUGUGCACCAGCACCGGAAAGAGAGUCGACUCUGUUCUCCAAACACCACCUUAGGCCGUCGACCAUCCACUCAAUGUGGAGGAUAAACCUGCGGUCACAGCCGUCUCGGCCAUCUCCUCCUUUCGAUCCCGCUGUCGAAGCUUGGCUGGACUCACUCCCGCCGCCAACAACGAAGCCGUCGGCGAAAGAGCUCCAGCAGUGGAGGCUCACCGAUUACCAUGGCCUCGGCUGGACUGUUUUUGUUACUUGUAACGUCCUUCGGACCGCAUCCUUGAUCAUUGCCUUGACCGUGACCGGCAUCAUCGGGCCCGUCGCUGCCGGACGGCAAGGCCCGUUGUAUGGCCUCGAACGCCUUGUCCCGAUCCUGGUGGUGUGUCCCGUAGUUGCUCUCUGGAACACGGCCGAGUUGGUUGUCGCGAGUCUCCGCCGGGAUGGUGGGAUUCCACCCAACGUCCACGUUGGAGUCGACGGCGUUCUCUCUCUGGGAGUCGCCACCGCGACGGGCAUGCUACUGGUGGAUGUCAUCUGCGGCAUUUCUGACUUUGGGCCCGUCUUCAACACGGCGGGGCAAGAGAUCGCCAGCGUCUGCCUCUUGGUUAUCAUGAUGGUUAUCCACUCGUUUCUCCUAUUCUUCUUCAUUUGCAACUACGUCGAAAGCAUCCGGGGGAGGACAGCUGCAGCGUCGACUGGCCAAACCAUGGUGCCUCAAUACGCCCAAAAUGCUGGACCGUGGCCCUACGCUACAUACACAGCCAGCAAUAAAGGGCCGCUGGCUACAUCUGAGCUUCUAAAACCCUCGCCGCUCACCUCGACUUUAGAGAUGCGGGACUCCUACCCGAAGCCAUGUUACGGAACACCCGGGUUUGGUGUCGCUUCACAGCCCGGGCCAGCAACCCAGUUACCCCCUGCCGCGGUGUUGGAAGGAGCCGCCAUAGCACAGGCGAUGUCGGGAUUAUGGGAUGUGGAAACGAAACCACCUCAUCAGGUAGGAUGGUCCGGCAGCGGCGAGAAGACCGUCAGCAGCCAUGCGGUUCAAAGCAUAGGAGGAUACAUCUAGGGGGCAGGGUCACACGCGUUUGCAGUUUUACGAACAUCAGAAGUGUCAUGCAAAUCAGGGAAUUGAUGGCGGCGGGUAUCACAAUCACCCCAACUGCAACAGGCGGGCGGGGAGUGCAUUGUUGGCAUCUGCCCACACGCACAGGAAACGACUGAAUCAAGGGGUUAUGGUUACGGCGUUCUCUAGGAUACCCAAAUGGCGGUUGAUUUUCCCUCAACGGACGAGAUAGCAAAAAAACCAGAUUCCAUCAAGCUGCACUUGGCCGAAAGUCGUCGGACUACCCGAUUGGGAAACAAUGGUUCCCAAUGGUGAUCACGGCAUGCUGCAGUUGACAGCUGAACCUUGGAGUUUUGAUAUUCGGUGGAGCUGUCGCGGCCAAU